UUUAUCCGUCUUCUCGCCCUCUCUCUCUCUCUCUGUCUCUCUCUCCCAGCUUGGAGCAAAGCAUCGAAAGCCUGUGGCUUGUGAGAGCAAGUGAGCGAAGGAAGAGAAAAGCUCAGUUGGAGCAGAAAUGGACGACUACACGAGAGAGAUGAUGGACCUGAAGACCCUCGUCACUAGGACCCUCGAGAAGAAGGGCGUCCUCGCCAAGAUCCGGGCUGAACUCAGAGCAAGUGUGUUUGAGGCAAUUGAAGAGGAGGAUCGGGUAAUUGAAAAAGAAGAUGGUUUGCCUCCUGCAUUACUAGGUAGCUGCAACGAUCGUGCAAAAGAGCUUCAUGCUUCCCCCUCAGGAAGGCUGCUUACUGCUCUUGUAUGUGAAUACUUAGACUGGGCGCAACUAAAUCACACACUAAAAGUGUAUCUGCCCGAGUGUAAUUUGCAAAAGGAUUCUUGGAAAGCUGAGUUGAAAGAAUUUAGUAGCAAGAAUGGAUAUGAUCUCAACAGAAAUGUUGAUAGUCCUUUGCUUUUGGAUGUGCUUCAAGGAUUCUUGAAGUUUGAGAAUCUAUCCCAAGCAAGGAGUUCUGGAAGAAGAUUAACCACUUCAGAAGCUGAGUCCUUAUCUAACUUAGAGUCCAGAAACACUCGGAGGCCUUCUUCAUCUUCUGUUGCCGGGGGCUUACCCCCACUUGGGAGGCCUCUUCCUGCUUCCCAGGCAUCUGAUCGUAGAGGAGGGUCCUCCAUGUCUGGUUACAGGAAGGAUGACUAUAAUUGGAGAUAUGACAGCGAAGAUAUCCCAGAGGAUGUAAUUCGAGCUUCAGCUGCCAUGGAGAACCUUCAGUUGGAUAGAAAAGCUCGAAAUCUUACUACAUCUUGGCGGCAUGCUGGGGAUGGAAUCAGUGAGGAAGAUGGCAGGGCAGACCAUAUGUAGCUGAGAGACACCCUUUGUAUGUCUGCACGUGUAUCCUAAUGUUUCUUCUUGAUUUUUCUUUUUUUCUUUUUCUUUUUAACCUUCAAUGAAAACCAUCAAAUGAGGGUAGUGAUGUGUUGUGUAAGAUUAUUUGUAUUGCGAUGUGAUUUAGUGCUUUGAUUGAGCUUUAUUCUAUUUCAUUUCGUUUUGUUCUA